GAAAGCUGCGCCGCGCCACAGUUGCGCCACACGCUGACUUCAUCGCCCGAAAUCCUCCAAACAGCCGCAGCAGCGAUGACUCUGAAUUACACAACGCGCUUGCGCCCUUCUCUCUUUUCACGCAGAUUGGGUAAGAAGCGCCCUUAAUGUGUUGAGUCACUUCGGCUUUCACCUUCCCUGCUUGUGGCUGCCUGGAUGGCAGCAUCUUUUAAGCUCUUCGCCCCGCUCAUUCAUGCUCUCCGCCCCCCACCAGCUGCUUGCUUACCUUCUCCAAUUCAGGUAGUCAAACACUCCUCGUACAAACAACCAAUUCGAACGACUUCUACCAGCAUCGCUUCCUUCCACGCCACCGCGACCAUGGCGCACCGCGAGAAGGCCCCGUACGCGUCGCAGGAUCCCCAUGAGGUCCGACAGCUCAUACAAUCGCUCGAAGGACACAAGGGCAAGAAAUCGAAGGCUGGCGGCUUCUCUGUCAAGAAGCACACAUUUCCUCUGCCUAACGGUCGCUCCGUCGACUCGUGGAAGAUGAACGACUGGGACUACAAGAAGGAGCACCUUCCCACGUACGCGCGAGGUCUCUUCACGUAUAAGACAAUGGACGGCGAUCUUGAGAUUGCGGUACGGGGUUACGACAAGUUCUUCAAUCAUGGCGAGGUUAGGAAGACGGAAUGGCGUAUCGUGGAGAAGAACACUCGAGGACCAUACGAGCUGAGCGUCAAGGAGAAUGGUUGCAUCAUCUUCAUAUCCGGCCUGGACGAUGGCACAUUGCUGGUGUGCAGCAAGCAUUCGACAGGUGCACGAGGUGAUGUGGAACUCAGCCAUGCCUGUGCUGGCGAGCGGUGGGUGGAGAAGCAUCUCGCAAGCGUGGGCAAGACAAAGACCCAGCUGGCGCAGCGGCUACGACAGAUGAACGCGACGCUGGUAGCCGAGCUGUGCGAUGACGACUUCGAAGAGCACGUCCUGGCCUAUACUCCCGAGCAAGCCGGUCUGUACGUUCAUGGCAUCAACCUCAAUCUCCCACAAUUCGCCACCUACCCCGGUCCCUUGGUCGACGAGUUCGCCGAUGAAUGGGGAAUGAAGAAGGUCAUGUACGUCAUGAAGGACGACAUACACGAGGUCCGGACAUUCUUGGACAAGGUCGCAGAGACAGGCAACUACAACGGUCGCGAUACGGAGGGUUUCGUCAUUCGGUGUCAGGCCCGGGAGACCGAGGACGCGCCGUGGGAAGACUGGUUCUUCAAGUACAAGUUCGAAGAGCCGUACCUGAUGUAUCGGCAGUGGCGAGAGUGCACCAAGUCCAUGAUCGCAGGCAAACCUCCGCGCUACAAGAAGCACCAGGAAAUCACCAAAGAGUAUCUUGAGUAUGCCCGGAAGCGAUUCGUCCAGCAGCCCGGCUUGGCGAAGCUAUACAAUCAGAACCAUGGUAUUAUCAAGCUUCGAGAUGGCUUCCUCCGCGAACGAGGGACCACAGGAGCAGAGAUCAUCCAGGCGGAGCUACGCAACGGCGAGCAGGAGGACAAGGACGUCACUCGUAAUGUUGUCCUGGUCCCUGUUGCAACCAUCGGCUGUGGCAAGACUACACUAGCCCUUGCAUUGGUCAAGUUGUUCGGAUGGGGCCACUUCCAGAACGACAAUGUCAAAGCGAAGAAGGGCCGUGGGCAAAUCUUCGCCGACACAAUCUCCUCCCUACUCGUCACGAACCCCGUCGUCAUUGCAGACCGAAACAACCACCAGAAGCGCGAGCGCGACCAGCUCAUCAACGACAUCUCUCGGACCGCCCGCGAUGCCCGCUUUGUCGCUCUCCAAUACGUCCACGACCGCUCCAAUUACGAUGCAAUCCGAGAGGCGACACGGAAUCGGGUCCUCACUCGUGGCGACAAUCACCAGACGAUCCAAGCAGGCUCGAAGGGCCAGGACGAGAUCAUUGAGAUCAUGGAAGGCUUCAUGCACCGCUUCCAGCCUAUCGACCCGUCGGAGGCGCCUGACGAUCAGUUCGACCAGGUCAUCAAUCUUGAUCCUGUAGUGGACUCACGCGAGAAUCUCGAAGUCAUCAUUACGGAGCUAUCCAACCACUAUCCGGGCCUAUUCAAGGGUCGGGACAUGCCCACGGACGCGGACAUAGACGAUGCCAUCGAAUGGGCCAUGAACGACUACCGCCCCGACAUCAAGGUGGACCUCUCCCGAGGCGGCAACCGAAACCAGAAUCAGAACCAGAAUCGCAAUCGGAAUGCCGGUGCCGGAAGGCCCGCACAGCCUGAACCCAAGCCGAAGAAGGCACCCCGCAUGGAGUACUUCUCGGUGCGUCUGAACACGCAGCGCGUGAACUCCAUCCUGGACGCCAUGUUCCGCGACCAGGACGCGCAAACCGCCCGCAUGUACCGCCAACUGCAGCAGACGCGCCGCAUCCAGAAUGAAUUCCACGUCACGCUCAUGCACCGCGCCUCCGCAGCCCAAAACCAGGCCUACUGGGACAAGCUCACCACACUGCACCAAGCCGUCCAGCACGCCCAGUCCAGCCAGGGAAACUGGGAGCCCGAGCUCGCCAAGUGCGGCGUGCAGCUCGAGCGCGUCGUCUGGGACGACCGCAUCAUGUGCUUCGUGGUGCGCCUGAACGGCUCCGCGACCAUGCAGGUGCAGACUGACGGCGCCGGCGAGGGCACCCAGGAGCUGCUCUUCGAGAGCGUGAAUCCCGUGGCGCAUGUCACUGUUGGCACGGCGGAUCAGGGUAUCAAGCCCAGGGAGAGCAAUGAUUUGCUGCAGCGCUGGUUGAAUGGGGGGAGUGGUGGGGAGACGGGGAUCCGCGAGAUGGCUGUCAAGGGGAAUGUGGUGCUCGAUGGGUCGGUUAGGGGAGUACUUGGUCGGAUGUGAGUGAGGUGAGAAGGACAUGAGGGCUUUCAGGUUCCUAGACGUAUAGGAAGGGGGUGAUAGAUAGCAUUAUAUGGCGUUAUAUGGGUAUCUUUCAGCAUGCUAAAAGCGCGCGAAUGGGCGGUGGGCGGCAUUAAAAUAUCAUACGUCGGCAGCAAGAUAGACACUCGACUCUGACUGAGCUCUGAAUGAACACAUUAUUCAUUUUGUGUUGGAAAUGGGGGUAUCUCAUCUACAUCCUACAUAGUACAUAGUACAUAGUACACAUACUACAUUUACAUUGAA